AUGUCGACCUCGUUGGCCGCGCAGCUGGCGCAGAUCGCCGCCAGCUCAAAGACGACUCUCGAUGUCAGGGCACAGAAAGCCGCCCACUCCAAGUCAUUGAUCUUCGAGCCUCGAGUCGCCGCCUCCCAGAACUACCAGACCCUGUAUAACAUAUGUCGCGAGGGCUAUGACGAGCUUCUACAGCUAGACGCGCGGUUCGGCGCAUUCAACAACACCAUUUUCAGCCAGCAGAGUCAGGAUGAGGACCGCAGCCAGAUGACGUCUGCUGAGAAUGCCGAGCUCAACAAGAUAAUAGAAUCCUUCCUUCGUCUAGUCGGUGGUCGCUUGAGAUUGAUGCCAUCAAUCCGUUCUGUAGAAUGGCUCAUCAGGAGGUUCAGGAUACAUGAGUACAACACUGCUGCUCUUCUGUCCACCUUCCUGCCAUACCACAGCCUCCCCGUCUUUGUAACAUUAAUGUCUAUCCUUCCCACCACCAUACCCAACGAAUAUCGAUUCCUGAGCCCAUACAUCCGCUCCCUCACGGCCCCUCCGAGAUCUGUCCUCGUCUACCAGGCCACCCAUCAUUCCGAGUUUCUCUCAACCAUCUCCGCCUAUACCUUGGAAACCUGCAGACACCAGCAGCACUAUCCCGCACUGAUAUCCUUCUGGGCUGGCAUCAUGCUCGAGGCCGUGAACGGAAUGCUGGAUAAGAUGCGCUCUGGUCGGCGAAGCAUUCAGAAAAGCAACGACUCCGCGUUGCUGCACCAGGUCGGACCUAUACUCGGCGAGGCCCUGGUCUUGAAGAAGGUCCCCAACCUGCAGAUCGCUGCGUACAUGGUCAUUGUUGCCUUCGUUGCAAAGGGAAACCUCGACGAUGCAACUAUUACCGCCUUGAUGGAACAAUUAGUUGCUGGCUGGACGACAGACACGCUUCGACCUGCUCUUGUAUGCCUGUCCAUCCUGGCUCAGUACAGGUCGCCAAAGCAGAUGUCCAGAAAGGUUACAAAGGCUCUCUUGAACAUCACAGGACUGCCCGAAAUGCUCGAUGACAUCAGCAAGGAGCACAGCAUUGAGAAGUUGGCCAAUGGUUUCUGCCUUGCCUUGAUAGACCGAUUGACCAAGAAGGGAGACACUAUUGGGCUACAGUUCAUCGAAGCAAUUGUGCCGAAACAGAUCUUGAAUGAUCAGCAACUCUCUGUAGUUUUCAAGUCUCUCAUGCUUGCAGCACACAGAAUGGACCCUGCCGCUGACGAGUCAGGCCUCGCAAGACAAGCUCUGGCCGGUACCAUCGUGCGUCUGUCGCAAACCACGGGAGGGCCGGCUCAAGUAUUCGCGAAGGCCAUUGCUGAUACUGAAAUCGAUAUCGAGGAACUCGAAAUGAGAUUAGAUACCAAGAUCCGACCCAAGGCCAUCACCCAGAACCAGGAAGGUGUCAUGGAGGAAGACGUAGAGGGAGACGUUCAGCUGGCUGCAGAAGAUUUCGACACCAUAUUUGAUCGCGUUAACCAGAGUGCGGCACCAACGACGUCCUCCUGCCUCCUCUCGUCGCCUCCUGAUGUCUUCACUGAUCUCUGCUCACUCUAUCUCUCUGCCGUGCCGGACCGUGGUAAUUUGGCCACAUUCCAGCGAGCCUCUGCUGUCCAACGAGGCGAGGCUACUAGCAAUCCGUUCUUUUUUACCUUUCUCAUCCGCAUUUGGUGUGGCCCCUAUCCCACCCUGGCCAGAUCAAAUGCUUUGGAUCUGGCGAAAGACCGCCUCAAAUCUGGAGACUGUGAAAGCGUUGACUUCCAGUCAAUGGUCCCAUACUGCAUCGCAGGCCUGAGCGACCCAGCUAAGAGGGUCCGAAGAUCUGCGGCAGAUCUUCUCACGGUGCUAGAUGGCCUCUCCUCGAAUGCUCCAGAACCCUCUGCGCAUUGGGGCACACGGGGGCUUUACGGCAAGUCCGAACCUGGAGCAGUUUUGGAAACUCACACAGUGCGGAAGGUAUUACAUGAUAUUUUGAUGCCGGCAUUGGAGGAAUGUGUACUCAACGCGGAUCAUGUAAAUGCCGUUAUUCAGACAUCCUUAGGCAGCAGCUCAAAGUCAGCACUAGACGGAAGCGCAAAGGACAAGAAGAGCCACGUAUCGCAUGCGAUUAGGCUGGCUGUACUCAGCUUCCUGGCCGGGCAUAUUGUCCAAACUCCUCUUUUGGCCGUCAAAUUGAGACUUCUUCAGCCGCUGAACCAGGUGAAGGGAGUUUCGGGAACCUCACGCACAGAACUAUUGUUGCCGCUGCUACAGUGGUGGGCGUCUCUGUCUGCAGAAACGGCCAGGAACCUAUGUGCCGACCAAAAUGUGGAUGGAACAGCUAUGGAUAAUGCAGCCGUUGAAACGGUUGUUCCGAACGACAACAGCGGUCUCGACUUCCUCAUCCAAUCUUCUCUCCAACCGGGACUCUCAGAAAGGGAAAAUUUGCUCCAUGCGAUAUUCGUUCGCAUUGAGAAGAUGUGGCCAUCAAUGAGAACGGAUCUGAGAAAUGCGGUUGCAGAUAAGCUCCUGGUCAUGGCACAAGAAGAAGUCUCAGGGGAGCGCUCAGCCGUUGGCGCGGAGGCCGCAGAGCUGCUCAGAAAUGUUGAACUGACGACUGAGAUCCUCCACUCUUUCCUGGGCUCGCUGCAGAACACUGCCAAGAUGACCACCGAGUCGCCACCUAGCAAAAAGCGACGAACUAGUUCAUCUGGAACCCGCGCAAUCAUUACACGACCCGAUCACGGCUUGACCCAGGCUCUGAAACAGGUCACUUUCGUGCUUCAACUUGUUGAAGGUUCCGACCCUGCCAAGCACCCACAGCUUCUAAACGAUCUCUUCAACACGCUUUCAGAACUUCAGCAUUUCCGCACUCUGCUCGGCUCCGAGCUCGGUUAUCUCCAGAAUCUUGUUCUCCGCAGUCUCUUGGCUAUGGUACCUGCGUACAAGGACGACAAAACCCUCAAGAUCGACGGCUCUGGCGGUCAUGGUGACCUUCUCGUAAACUGCAUUCAGAAGUCGUCGAGCCCGGCGGUUCAGAAUACUGCCCUACUCCUCGUUGCAAGUCUCGCCAGUGUUGCGCCGGAUCUUAUUUUGCAUAGCGUCAUGCCAAUCUUCACCUUCAUGGGCAACUCGGUCCUUAGACAGAGCGACGACUACUCUGCGCAUGUCAUCAACCAGACAGUCAAAGAAGUCGUGCCGCCACUCAUUCAGUCGCUCCGCAAGGGCAAGAAGAGCCCGGUUGCAGGUGCUUCAGAACUUCUCCUCAGUUUUGUAACCGCCUUCGAGCACAUCCCAUCACACCGGAGACUUGGGCUCUUCGUCUCACUUCUUGAAGUACUUGGGUCCGAGGAGUUCUUGUUUGCUUUGCUGGCGAUGUUGGUAGACAAGUAUGGCUCGACUGCCGACGUUUUGUCCUUCGCAAACCAGAUCUUCAAUCAAUUCGCUGUCGAAGUUGAAUUGUCAACAGUCGUCAAGAUGCUGAACCUCAUCGGAGAUCUAUUCCAGCCCAGGCCCAGCCUUUCCGCAGCGCUGCUCGGGACUAGUGAAGACCGAGAGCGGGAUCCUCAGAAGAUUGCGCUUGCUCAACUCGACUUGCCCCCACGUCUUCUAUCGAACAGAAAACUGGUCACUCAGAUUGGAAAGCUGACCGAGACGGACGACAUGGAUGCUGCUAAGAUACGCGAGCUCUACUCUACCCUUCUCGAGGAUCUCCUGUCGCUUGCGGAAAGCUUGAAGCCGUACAAGACCCUGCACGACAGAUGUGGCGAUACCCUGCCUAGACUACUUAACCUGCUACCAAUUGGCGAAUUUGUCAAAUCUGUCGAGAAUCUUUUAGAUCGACCUGAUAUCGUUAUAAGGCGUAAGGUCUUGAGAGCACUUCAAGUCCGCAUCGAACGGGAAGGCCAGGCAGAUGCUCAUUCCAGAACUGCUUUACUCGCCUUCCUGCCCCAGUUGACAGCCAUAAUUAGAACUUCAGAAGACAUGACCUACAAGUAUGUCGCUGUUGAGUGUGUUGACCUGAUUGCUCAGAAAUAUGGCAAGAAGGAUCCCGAGGCAGUGUCCGCAGCUGCUAUGACUAUCGCGGGGGAUCAAUGCCUGGGCCAGGACGAUGUUCGUCUCCGAUGUCUUGCUCUGCUUUGUCUGGCUUCUUUGGUCGAUGUUCUACAAGACGGUAUGGUACCAGUGCUCCCAGCAGCUACGCCAAAGUGUUUAGCCUACCUCAAGGACAAUAUCGCAGAUGCGAGCCGAAACUCGUCAUUGCAUAAUGCUUGCUAUACAUUUAUGCAUGCCUUGGCGCAACACCUACCAUACAUGUUGUCUGGUUCACUUCUACAGCAAUUCCUCACCAUCUCAAGCGCAUCAGCAAGCGCUGACCUCGAUGCCGAAGCCGUCGACGCCAGAGUACAAUGCCUGCAGUUCCUUGCUAAGACCGUGGAUGCAAAGGCUUUGUUCACAGCUUUGGAACACACAUGGACAGAUGCUGCAGACCAUGGCUUUAACGCUACCAUUGAGUACCUUGAUAUCCUUGGCCUUACCAUUGACAAACACAGCAAAUCCGACAUUGCGAAGAAUGUCAGCUCUCUGUCCAACAUCUUCCUCUCUGCCUUUGAUCUUCGUCGUGUCGAUCACAGCAAAGGUGAGCAGAGCAGCAACAGCGCUCGCAACCUCUCUCGCAUGGAAGACACUGUCAACGCCGUGGCCCUGCGUAUGGUUUACAAGCUUAACGACGCUGCCUUUAGACCUAUCUUCACGUCGCUCAUGGAUUGGGCCACUGCGCCGGACUUGUCUCAAUCUGAUGUCGUCGGUCGCAACCUUCGCCUGCAGGGCGUCUUUUCUUUCCUUUUCACCUUCUUCGACAGCCUGAAGUCCAUCGUCACAGGUUAUGGCAACUACGUGGUCGAUAUUGCGGUGGCCACUCUGAGGAGACUAGAUCCCAAGCAGGGCGGCGAGCAGAGGGACCUGUGGAAGAAGAUUCUCAACACUUUGACCAAGUGUUUCGAACACGACCAAGACGACUUCUGGCAAGCGCCGUCGCACUUCUCCGCGGUGGCGCCUGCCCUCACCGAGCAGAUCCUCCACGGAUCUUCCGGCGUAGAUCUGUCACACGAUCUAGUACCGGCGCUCGUUGAGCUUGCCGCUGCGGCGGACUCCCAGGACCACCACAAGGAGCUCAACGCGGCCCUGCUCAGGCAUCUGCGCUCCGAGUCCGCCGGCGUGCGUCUCGCCACCGUCAAGGCCGAACAGAAGCUCACGGAGCGCCUCGGCGAGGACUGGUUGGCCAUGCUCCCGGAGCUCCUGCCCUAUAUCAGUGAGCUGCAAGAGGACGACGACGAGGAAGUGGAGAGGGAGACCCAACGAUGGAUCGUGGGCAUCGAGGGUAUCCUCGGUGAGAACCUGGAUGCCAUGUUGCAGUAG